AUGUUGACAAAGAAGGCUCUUCCAAAACCAUGUUCGGAUAGAUUUCUGCUAACUGCACAUAUAAAUAGGAGCAGAGGGCCGGUCACCUCUGUAACCACCGGCAGCAGCAGAAGAAGCCGCAGCUCACCCUUCUUAACUCGUCGCCUCCUCUUUCUUCCUUCUGCAUCUCUCUCCUCGCCCCCUUCUCUCGGUGUCACGCUCCCUCCUAGUUCUGAGCGUCUACAAACUUUUGAACAGAAUACUGGCCUCAGCAAACAAGUCCCUCAGCUCCUCCUGCUCGUUGCUGCGGCUUCUGCUCAGACACUAACGCCAGACGGUGAUGCCUCUUGGGUUGUGACUCCAGCGCAGAAACUUGGAGAAGCCCUUUGCCCGCCGUCCUACUUGGCAGCAAACCCUCUCCUGGCAGCGGUAAGAGUUGAAUGAAUGACCAUGUGUAGCGGAGUGAGGCUGGCCUUGCUGGUCUACGGGAUAAUAAUGCACAGCAGCGUCUAUUGCUCACCGGCCGCCGCCGGACUCCGGUUUCCUGGGAUCAGGCCGGAGGACGAGGCGUACGACGAGGACGGAAACCCGCUGCAGGACUUCUAUGACUCGGAUCCACCCGGCGUGGGGAGCCCCGCCUCCGCGCUGCGCGACGCCUACGCGCUCUACUACCCGGCGGAGGAAAGAGAUUUCGCCCACGGGAUCCUUAACAAGGCCUACCGCAAAGUGCUGGACCAGCUGUCCGCCAGGAAGUACCUGCAGACGCUCACGGCCAAGGGCGUGGGUGGGAACCUGGGCGGCGGCGCGGACGACGACUCGGAGCCGCUCUCCAAGCGCCACUCGGACGGAAUCUUCACUGACAGCUACAGCCGCUACCGGAAACAAAUGGCUGUUAAGAAAUAUUUGGCGGCCGUCCUAGGGAAAAGGUACAAACAAAGGGUUAAAAACAAAGGACGGCGAAUAGCGUAUUUGUAG